AUGGCGGAUGAUGACGGCACCCCGUUGACAAUUAAGGAGCGUACCAUGCGCUUCUUGGAGAAGGCGGCUGAAGCGAGUAUCAAGUGCAUCACCCCCACGUUGGUGACGAAUAUGGAGUUGCACUGUCGCGAUGCGGUGAAUGCGGCGGAGAAGAUGAACGACAUGGUUUACGGUAUCUAG